AACAAUGGGCGCGGCACUGGCUCCGCGUCUCGCUAGCCCGCGCGCGUGUUUUUGCCGGUGAGCCCGUAUUCGAGCUGCUGCUGCGGAUGAGAUAAGCCACGAUGGCCGUUGAAGAAGAUGCGAGACCCAGAACGAAGCGGAAAUCGUGAAGUGCACGCUGUGACGCCGCCAAAUGGGAAUCCGCUAGUUGCCCACCGUCGCCUGGGAAAAAUGGCGAGCGCACAACGCGACCAUUGGUCCAUCGUUGUUUUGCAGUGCUUGCUGCUUUCGUUGCUCAUAUGCAGGCACGGAGCAUUCGCGGAUAGGAACAAAUACUUCCACAUAUCAUCGCUGUGCGCGGGCCAGAAGCACUAUCCGCAGUACAAGAAGAUAGAUGGCGCUGUGCUCACCUCCGAGAGCGAGAACAACCUGGAGUGUGCGGUCACCUUCCAGACGGACUCCAUACUGCAGCGCUUUAUGCUGCGCUUUGAGCACCUUGCCCUGGACUGCCACGAUCACCUGGUCAUCUUCGAUGGGGCGCAUGCCAUAGGAAACCACAAGGUCGACCUAUCAUGUCGCAGCACACGUUCUGAUGUGGGGACCAUCUUUACGCAAGGGAACUAUGUGACCCUGAGGUACACCACGGACGCGUGGUCUCCCCAGGGCAAUGGCUUCAAGCUCAUCAUCACUGCCUACAAGGACACUACAUUGCCUGACAUGAAGCAGGACCUCCAGUGCCGGGAGUUUGAGUGUCGCAACUCGUUCUGCAUCUCCAGUGACUUGACGUGCGACGGCGUCAACCACUGCGGCGACAACAGUGAUGAAACCAGCUUUGCUUCUUGCAUCGAUGCAACGGGGGCAAGCCAGAUAUUGGGCCUGGGUGUGAGCCUCUUCGUGACGCUUCUCCUAGUGUUCGUCGUGGUGUGCAUCAUUGGAUGCUCAGUAGCCGUGCUCUGCAUCUGUCGCAGACAGCGGUUCGGCAUCACCGCCCUGCAGGCGGGUGCGGCACCCACGUCUGCAGUCCUGCAGAUGCAGGGAAACAGCACCUUUUCCAGCAUGGGCCAGCGGGUGCCAGCUACGGAGGUACCGCCGAGCGACUCAGCGAGAAGCCUCCCCCGUACCCGGGAAACAACGGCCCCCCACCUGGGGGGGGGAUCGCCUUCCACGUUCCCCAGGAGGCACUCUACUACAAGUAGGGAGAAGCACAACCCCCAGCAGCCAAACUGGCUCGUCUGAUCCUGGUCCGACACACAGUAACCUGCCACCAGGGGGCCGAGACCACCAGGUGGGGCAACCAGGCAGCAAGGAUGGGACACCAGCCGACAGCGCCUGGAUCCAGACGUGCCUCUGACUGUGCUUCACUGUCCUGCAGCAGGUCUUGUACUCGCAGGGCAUGCUCCCUGGGUCUGGGAGUGCCUGUAAUCUGGAACAUGUUUAUCUUUAUUCAGCAGCUGCAUCGGUCAUUAGUGGCAGUGGUCAUAUCAUAUUUCAGACUGUACACAACACAGACUUUUGGUUUUAUGUGUCUCAGUGAUCUGGCAGCAAUGUGAAAGACCUCUCUAGUCCGUUCGGUCAGUAGCUGCCUGAAGCAGUGACAUCGCCUGAAUUCAGACACGUCUCCAUCUGCAAGCAGUUUGUGCCACGAGUCGUGCCCUCUUGGGCAACCUGUCGGUCGCACUGCCAGCUCAAAUGUGUCGUGCGGGUGCAUUUAAACGUGCUCGAAUUUGGUGUGUGACCUGCCUUCUGCGUUCCAUAUCAUCAUCAGCUGUGAGGAAGACAAGUUAGCCAGAGGAUUUGCAGAAGCGAAUACAGUCGAACCUCGAUAUAACGAAACCCACGGGGACUGCAAUUUCUUUCGUUGUAUCGAACAUUUCGUUGUACCGAAUUGAAGGUCACGGAUCGCGACCUUUGCGAGGGCGCGCGCUGUACAUAAGCGUCGAUAACUCCCGCUACGACGCGGAAACGUUUUUCGUGAAAAAUGACAACAACUACAAAUACAGCGCCAAAGUGCACCUACGGUAUUUUAUUCUUGCGUGAAAUAGCCGGUUAUACGCGUCUGCGUCGUGCUUAGAAGACGCAGUGUCACGCAUUGUUCGUACGCCGCCGAAGCCUCCGCAGCUUUCUCCAUAUCGUGUUGCGAUCUCCCGCAAACCUUCUACGUCUAUGACAGUGCGUUUUCCGUAAGGCUCUCCGUUGCUACGGCAUGUUUGUCCCCGUCAAGAAAAUCAUCUAGGCUGAUUUCGUCACUUACGCCCCCACGCGAACGAAGCGUUUCCCACGCGUGCGAUGGCGCCUUGCGUCUCGUGCUCUUUUUACUUGGCUGCAACCGGACAGUUCAAAACAAGCGCGAGAAGGAGAAGCCUCGGAAGAAAAUCCCUAACCUUCCAAUGACUCAGACUUCCUUUUGUAGGCACCAGAUUCCUCCCGACCCUAAUCGCGCGUGCCAUCUUUCGCCGCGGGAACAGGACGCUGCUUGCGCCCUUUGUUUUCAUGACCCUAAAGUCGGCUUUGGGGUCAUAAACCUUAUCUUGUUAUUUCGCUGUAUCGAGGAGGCGGCUGAAAAGUGUUUCGUUGUAGCGGGAGUUAAAAUACAUUGAUCUCUAUGGCCCUCUGCCGGGGAAUCCAAAUUAUUUCGCUCUAUCGCGAAUUUCGUUAUAUCGCGUUUCGUUGUAACGAGGUUUGACUGUAUCAUUGGUCCUUGAAGAGAAGUGGGCGCCCAAUAAUGGACGUCGGUGAUGAGAGAAGCGAUGCCAUUCAAAGGCGCCUCGCCCAAUCUGUUCCUUGCACCGUUGAGAGAAUACGGGCAGAAGAUGCACAUUUAGCACGGUACACUAGCGCCUUGUGGCUGGAUCUGGCAGACGACAGAGGAUGUCGCGGGGUACUCGGGAUCACUUUGGUGGCAGAAUCUCGCGUUAUAUUUUUAGGGAACUUUGAUGAUUUUAUUUCGUUGGCUUAUUUAAUACUCAUUGAGUUCGACAUAUUUUGUAUACAGUCAUGCCUUUCUUAUCCAGACACCUAGGUGCCCACCCCCUCCCGUACAGAUGAGGAAUUUCCAGAUAAGCAAGUCAAUUGCGUUUUGUUAUUCAACUUUCCAACAUCAAUGCACACUACUUCUUUAGCCCAAGGACGGAGGCUGUUGACAAGCUUCCGUCUUAGCGAACAGGAGCGACACUGGUUCUGGAACAUUGUUUCAAGUACCCACUUCACAUCUGGACAAGGAAAAUGAAUUAUGAGUAACCGGACAGAAAUACAGCAUUAGUAAAAACACAGUACCAGCAAAAAGACAGUAUACGCAAAAACAGUCUAAGCAAAAACACAGCAUUAGCAAAAAAACACAGCAUUAUCAGAAACACAGCAUGAGCAAAAAAACACAGCAUGAGCAAAAAAACACAGCAUUAGCAAAAACCUCAGCAUUAGCAAAAACCACAGCAUUAGCAAAAGACACUGCAUUACAAAGUUCAUUCCCAAUCACACAAACCGAAUUAACAAGUUUCCUGGUCAGCCGAGUUACGGAUAAAUGAGACAUGACCGUAUCCUAAAAUUAUUCAGUGAAGAAUGAUUACCACGUUGAUCUGAAAUGGACAGCUUCCACGAGCGGUAGGAUUAAUCGUAAGUGCUUGUUGCACGGAAAAACAGGACGUUGCCACAAGCAGGAGAGGAGAUGAAAGUGCGCGCAGUACUUACACAGUGGCGACAUCUACUUAGUGCGGCGACAUCUUACAAUACCGGCAGCAGUUUAGGACACAAAAUCUUCUUCCGCCAAAUUGGUCUUUUCAAUAAAAUUCUCUAGGCAACGAUUUUCGGAUCACUGGGAGAUGCAAGAACCCUAGGCACUGAUGGGAGCUUUUGUUUUAACCGUGGAAUUCCCUGUCCCGGUCACUCGAAGAGUCAGGCUCGUCGUACUCAAGUAGUGCUUAAAAUCAAAGCAGGAAGAAAUGCAUCGAGUCAUCAAAGGAUCACAGAAGACGUGGCACAUGGAAGUGGCCCAUGAAGAGGCAAUUUAACUGCAUAAUAUUUACAACAAAAUUUGAUCUCAAGGUUGUGCAGUGUUUUCAUUGUCAGCUGAAGUGAUGUUGGUGCCAUGUGGUGAUGACAUCUGGUGCGAGGCCACCAGGGUGAGGGGCGUCUCGGACCGCCAAGCUUCAUUAUUCCAGAUUGCAGAGGAGAAUCUAGUCCCGGUUACGGUAGUUGGUAUCGUAACCUCUCAUAUCCGUUUUUAUAUCAGAGUCAAUAUAUUUCUUUUUUAUACUCUUGCUGUUCUUUUUUGUUUUGUUUUGUUUCGUUUUGAGAACACAUUCUGUGAAACUUCAGUUGGUGUCCUCGUGAACCACAGUCAGGGGGGGCAGCCCAGAGAUGCAAGACCUCGGAAAAAAACUGAAAAAUUGGGCAGCAGCUUUUCUUUUUUAUUCUUCUUUGCUGUGUCGAUAAAAUUACCCAAAAUUUUCAGUCUCAAAACUAAAAAAUGUAAGGUCCCGGCAUCAGAUAUAAUGAAUAAACGAGGCCAAAACUGCUGGUUUAGUCGUUCGAGUCACAUUGGUUCUUUCAACAUUUCUUCGUAGGGCAGCGGCCAAUCGAACGAUGACAAAAACAGGGGAACACAAUUCGAGCUGGAAACUUGCGACCUUCACUGAACAGACAAAAAUUAACAUAUAUUACACAGACGUUUCAAUCCCUAACCCCUCCUUUUCCCCUUUCCCUCCUUCAGUGGCCUCUCUGUUCUAGCACGAAAAGUUCUGAUAACGUCUUCUUGCUUCUUGUCAAGGCCGCUCAGAGUACUGACGCACAUGUCACUGAGAUUUCUUAUCCAUACAGUUUCUGCCAUAUGCCUUAUGUGUAUAUCCUGAGACCUUUCUUUCGACAUGUCCUAUAUAUGGAAUUUUAACAACUUGGAAGAACAAGUAAGGCAUUUGUUUGGCUCUAUGGUGAACCGUAGCGCUUGUAUAAGUCUUGGUCAAUGAACUGUUAAUUUAUCUAAUAUUUUUUGUAGUUCUUCCUCAAAAGAAAACCUGAGAAAGCUGUUAUUCUACAUUAGCAUGGCAAAAUUACCAGGAAUUUUGCAUAACACCUUGACACAUUUGUUAGUUUAGUCAGUCGUUGCAUUAAUGGUUAGUACUCUGAUCUAAACUUGUUAAGUUAAUAUUUGUGCGUUAAAGAAAUCAAACAUACAUUUAGUUAUAUUAUGCUAUGAUUUGUUCUCUAGCAUACAUGGCAAAUCUAACCAGUAAAUCUAAAUCGCCUCUGACUGUGGUACGCAUGCCUGCAAUACUCUCCCAGCACGAUUUAGAAUCCCUUUUGUUUUCGUACUUUCCUAUAUUGUAUGAUGUAUUUUGUUUUUUUUUAAUACUUACGAUCUCAAAAGAGCCAACAACCAAAGAAACCAUUCCAUUUGUUGGAAAUGGGCUUUAUUACAUUCUAUGCACCUUUCUCGAGUCGGCAAUAUUGUUACAUAUCAAGUGCAGCACUGAUUUUUAUUUACUUUUGUUUACAACGCACGUACGUCGAGAGUUGGUUCACCACAAACGUGUGUGCUUUUGGCACCAGAGUACAUGCGCAAUAAACAUACGUUAUAAUUUCUUGAGUUUUCGUUUUAAGUAUACUAUUUUUUUUUCUCCACAUCUACAAAUACCCUAUGUGCUGCUGCAAAGCACAGGCUUGUGACACUUCUUUGAGCGUGGUGGAGGAUCUGUGUGAAACAAAAACAAAGGAGAGACACUGAAGACUGCAAAACCCGAACAGUACAGGAAGAAAGGACGAAAGAAAACAGAAAAACUGCCACUUCUCUGUGUGAUGUACAUACUUCAGUCAUUAUGUCAACUGCCGAGGGAGGCUUCGGAGAAACAUUUCGUACAUUACAAUGGGAUCCUUGUUAAUUUAUGCAGUGCAGACCAUUUGUAGUCAUCCUUUACAGGGUUACAUACUGGAUACAGUCAUCAGAUGUGCGGCUUAUAGUUGUCUUAUUGGAUGCCAUGCCAUGCCAUGAAUGCCCUAUAGUCGUGUUCAACCCAAGAACAGUAUGAACGGUGCUGAAGUAGAGCUUUGUAAUACAUUCUUGUUACAUUUAAUAUGAAAAUUACCUUUGCAAAAAGGAAAUAUGACCCGAAGUUGGCUUCUGGUGUUUAAAUACAAAGAUGCACCGGCAAUGCUGUUCUUAACUUGAACACGGCCAUGUGCAAGCUCAAACUCUGAAAACCAAUGAGAGUGUAGUGUAAUGGUGGAAGCUACUACUGCUAUGCCUAACUAACGUUGACUCGUGUUCCUACACAACUCGUACCUUCAUCGUGCUUCUGGUUCAGAUACAGUUGGAUGAAGUUGAGUUGCAGUUGACAGUGGUUGGUCAGAGCAUUAGUGUAACUCACCUGAGGUUUCCGUAAUGUGCACAGAUCUCGGCCCCAAAGCACUGCAUCGAUCUGGAACGGUUCGAUAACCCAAAACCCGACUUGUGCCCUUUUAUCCGAAAAAAGUAAUUGAUUACCAUUGCUUAUCUGGAAAAAGUAAUUGAUUACAGUUAUCAAUUACUCGACUCCAAAUGUAACUGAGUAACGAGCAGAAAAGUUACUCCAGUCGUUACUCUGCAUUCACGCGAAUUAUACCCAUCUUUGUGUGCCUCAGAAAAAAAAAAAGAAAAAGAAAGGGGGGGGGGGAUAUGUUUAUUAAGAAAAAAAGAAAGGAUCAACAGUAGAACAGCUGAAGUAACAUGAAAAACCAAAAUAUGCAGGACAAGUAGAUCUGUACUUCUCUGUACUUAUCGUCUGGGAAGACGUUGACUGGAUUGUGGAAGGGACAUUGUGUGGAAUUUCCCCAUGACUCACUAAACCUCGAAAGCUUCAGGUGCCACCACACUGGUGUAGGAUGAGAUUAGGGAGAGAGACCCUGAAAUUCCAGAACGUUAUUACAGUGCCGUCCGCUUGCUAUGGGAGAACGACCCAACAUAGGCUGACGGCACGCGAGGGGCUUGCCUUGAGGCAGAACAUCUAAAAGAUAAGUUACAGGAAAAGUAAUUGAUUACAAGUAACGCAAUUACUAGUAACGCGUUAUGCACAAGUCUGCUCAAACCCCAUCGAACCCACGAGCCAGGUGUGGGCCUCUCGGUUGCUUUGACUCUGUGAUGGGCUGCUGAGUUGGGUUCAAGCCUUUCUUAUUAAUUCUAUUUUUCGCACGAUUUAUUUGCACCAGUUGAACGCAUAAACCUUUUCAUGGGUUGUGUCUGGCUCUCUACUGGGAACUUGACAUCCCUUACGGAGAACAACGUAUACAAACAAGAUCUGCCGCAGCACAUUGCUGAUGACCAUCUUGGUUGGGUUUGAGCUGGCUACAUUGGGGUGAGCAAGUGGGCACUUUAUCAUUUGGUCCACUGAGGCAAGAUAGUCAGCUUGGUAGACAUGUUAUUGUCAGCUGCUACCAAUGUUGUUAAAAUGUCAUUUUGUAAUAGGUUCGAUAGAUUUCAUUCUUCUGCUCCUCCUCCAAGGGAUGACUGCGAAUGGUGUCCACUGUCCCUUACUUUCCAGGUUUCCAAACAUGUGGUGUGUUUUCUAGUUUUUUAAAUGCAAGACAAGGACGGUAAUGAGUUGCUCUCGAAUUUAGCCGUAGAGUGCCGGAGUUCUCCACGAACGCGACGGCGCAGCAAGUAUUACACGUGUUACAUAGAAUGUAUCGCAUGUUUUUAUCUCACCGAAGUUUUAGAUGUGUGUAAAUGUGUGAAUGCUACUUUGAGACAAAGCGAUUGUGGAGCGACACGGACGUUCGUAUAAUGUGUUAGAGGGAGAAAGAAUCUUUAGCUGGUAGCUAUAACUGUGAGGUGCGGAAGUACCGCUAAUGCUGAAAAUAUUGCAGCACUUGUCAGCUGAUUGACAAGUCUGCUAGGUAGAGUGCCGGACAAAAGUUUACGGAACACGCUAUGGAACUUCCGCUUACGGAACACAUUCAUUCCUCAGUGUGGCAAUAGCAACGAGUGGGACCAUACGGACCUGCAAACAUGUGACUGGGUUACCUACCUCAAGAACACUCGCGAUCAUCAGGACGUCCUCAAAGUGUCAUCGCGUCCUCGUCCGUGAUGGGAUAUCCGGAGGAGGUCCAGAGAGUGUCAUCAUGGGAUCGUCCAGUGAUGAUCAUUUGCGUACGUCCUGCGGUCGUCAACCGGAGGACGUAUACAGGAGAACAGAAUUAAUUUAAUACUGCGCUGUGCAUUUUAAUGCCUGCACCCAUUAAUUAGUGUUCUGGUUUGUUUGUAAUAACCCAAUUCAACGUAACCGUAAGUGAUCAUGAUAGGCACAUGUUUGUAGGUCCGAACAGUCCCAUUCGUUGCUAGCGUGUCUAUCUCGGGAAGGAAUGUGCCGGAGCAUGUUCCGUAAACUUUUGUCCAGCACUGCACAUUACGGAUGCGGUGCCACAGGGCCUGCCCAGAUUUUUUGUCAUGUGAGUUAAUGCUAUCCCGCAGUAAACGUGUGCAGGUUGAACAAGUGUUUGCGUCCGUAACGCGAUGAACUCCACGUCUGUGGAUGGAAAUUUUUCAUCGCCGUCUCACUCUGCUGUUGAAUGUGAGAAGCUGAGUGACGGGAAAUGAAAUGUUGCUGCCUUGUGAAUAUGUUUAGGUCUUGGUGUUGAAUUUACAUCUCUCCGAUCAUUCACGCUUAAUGUCAAGCUGAGAAAUGUGUAAAACUUUGGCGAUACGGUUUGGUGUAGGGUUAAAAUAGUUGAUGUGAUUCAUUUAUUUUUUAUUAUUAGUUGGUUAUUUCAUAAACUAAAAUAAAUAAAAUUAACAUGAUAAUUGCCAAAGGAUGUCUCACACACACAAAGCCUUCUAAAUUGUUUAUUUUUCGGUUUGUAGCCAGUGCGUCAGAAAUGAAACUGCGUCUUUUUUUGUUUAGGAACGUCCAGCUUUUGUUUACUAGCACGCAUAGUAAAUUUAUGAGAAAGGAAAUGGUGGGUUUGUUUGGACGUGUUUACUCUACCGUUGACUGGACUCUAGUCAGUUUUGUAGUCCAUUUUUUUGUGAGUUUUUCUCAACAUCACAUUUGUUCAACCAACGCACGUUUAGUGGGGGGAAGCAACCCAUGUGACCACCAGGGUCUGACUCCUGUCAUUUAUCAGUGACGAAGACUGCUUCUGGUUUAAGAGCGCGCAAAAGCAACGCCACCUAGAUACAGCAGGCCUGCUUAACACCUCCUCUCCCUCCUUCGCUACGUAGACAUAUAAAGUCAGAAUUCGUCUGCUACCGUGGUUCGCCGUGCUGCGAAUUCAAGAACUCACAAAUGAUUGCAGCUAGCUUCGCAAAUUUGAACCUGUAGACUGAAAGUGCAACACGCUUUCAAGAAAAUUAGUCUUAAGAAAAAUAUAGGACCUUUUGCUCUUCAUGUUGUUUUCCCCUUUAGUACACAGAGCCGCUCGUUACUCGCAGACGACAGCGGCUGCCCAUGCGGCUGACGGUGGCUCGUCUACAUGGCUACGACCGCCGGAAAGGACGUCCGUGGUUGGCUACGGCUAUUGAAAACACAGUUAUGAUUGGCUGACUCUUAGUUGUUACGUAAUGUCGACGACUAAGGAGGCUUUCUAUACCUAGGAGGUGUUGGCAAAGGCAUAGCACUGGGCAGGACGAUGGAGAUGGUUACUUCAGUGCGGAGGGCACAUAUCAUUGCAGCGAGUGAAAGUGAUAUCCAUGUGCAAGUGCGAAUGUGCAUAAUGGUGUCAGGAGUAAGUGUUAUAACGAUAGCAUAUAUCCGAGAUUCGCAUAUUUUUUAUGUUGCAUUUCAUAUAUCUGACAAUUCAGUGUCUUUGUCGAGGAAAUUCUUUCCUAUAUUGGGAACCCAUGUCUUGGUGAGGCAAUUCUUUUUUACUGAUUUUUACUGGUGUUUACUCUAAGAGUAACGACUGGCCUCUGAGGCUUCCUUGGUCUGCCUCUCGUCCCUAUUUCCACACCAGACGUGGAAAAAAGAUUUGGGGAAAACCGUGAGGAGGACCUGAGUCAAGUUUAGGAUUUGUCGCAACCUUAGUUUCUUAAGAAAAACGAAGAAAAAGGGGAGGUUAUUUCGUGCCCUCACAGAUUGAUCUUCAAGUAAUUGGUACUCAUAUGCUCUGUGACGACUAAGUUGACAAUAGUGUACUGGGCCCAAUGCUUUUCUUUUUGUUUGCAAUAAAGAUGCGUUCCACUGCUGU